UGUAACAACAUACAUCUUCAGAAGUGAUGGUUAAAAAGAUUACAGUAAAAUUUAAAGAUCUAGGAAAAGACUGGAACCUGAUAGAGAGGUAAAAGCAAUAACUAAUGACAAAAAUGAUGAUGACAGUGACGCAAUUUGAAGUCUGCAUCGGAAAUUAUAAUAUACGAUGCUUAGCCUUGCGCCAAAAGCCUGGUUAAACAAGGGUUUACCAGGGUUCAAGCCUGGUUGAACCAACCAGACUUAUCUGGCUUUCAAACCGGGCUUACCAGACUUUACCAUACGUGCAAAAAGCCUGGUUAACCAGGGUAUUCCUGGUAAGUCUGGUAAGCCUGGUUAUUCUAACAACCAGAACAACGAGACUUAAACCAGGCUCGUGAAAUUCUGAAUGAACCACGCUUACCAGGCUUGAGCCAUAUGUGCAAAAAGCCUGGUUAACCAUGGUAUUCCUGGUUAGCUUGGCAAGACUGGUAAACCAGGCUUUACCAAGCUCUUAAAGUAAGUCAAUAAACCAGGUUAUCCUGGUAUACCAUGCAUGGCCAGGGUUUCACUGGCUAGCCUGGUUUCUCAUUCAAUAACCAGAAAAACCGGGCUAAACCUGGCUCUUGAAGAACUGAAUUAAUAAGAGUUUAACCAGGCUUGAACUAACUGAGAAAAAUUAGUCUAGUUAAACAGGGUAUCCUUGACAAAACUGGGAACUCCUGGUUCCCAGAAUAUCUUUGAGAAACAAGAAGUAGAGAAAAAGUUUUUCUUUGCCAACAUUUUCAUUUAAAGCAGGUUUUAAAUCUCGAAUCACUAGAGUUUCUUUUAUUCUACAAUGCAAAUUCAGUGUUUAUUUCCAAAACAAGGCUUAAAGUGAAUAUUUGAAAGCUAGAUAUAACAUAUUUAACAUAUUAAAAAAAAAUUCAAGGAAAUAUUUCUGUACAAAACUAAUUAGGCAAAGGUAUUUAAACCACAUGACCAGUAACAUAUAAGUGAAGCAUGAGCUAUGAUUUAUAGAGAGAGAUUGGUAGUGGCCGAUUCAAUUGUCAAAAAUUUUGAACCUAACCAAAUUGAAAAAUUAAGUGGUUGUGGGAAUUUUUACGGUACCGUUCUGGAGCUUUUCAAAUAUUUACUGCUAAGAAAAGUGCAAGGUAAAUAACCAAUAUACCACUACCUAAAAGUGUGCCUUUCGUGCAUCACGCACGAGCGAGAUUAUAAAGACUGCACCCCUCUUUACACCCUUUUUGUACUACAAAUCAGUUAUCGUUUUAAAUUUCUUGAAUUCUUAAAGACGUGGACUGUGAAGGAGCUGAGAACUGAUUUCUCCUUCCGUGACCACAAACAAAAUAGAACUCUUAAGAGUGGGACAUCUUGACUACAAACUUGACAUGAGAUUUUCUUCCCUUAAUAAAUGUUUACGUUGUAAAAAGCCAUAUCUACUACAAUAUUGCGAAAGUCAUUUAAUCCGUCUUUCAGCGAAAUGAAUAACACGAUGACUCACGUUGGCUCACUUAGUACCUCCCAGUUAGUGUCAAGGAGAAUUAUUUUAACUAUCAAUUAUUUUGAAUUGAACUCUUCAUUAUAAAUGAUCAAAUUAUGGAAAAGGAAUUGAGCAUGGCUUUUUAUUUUAUUUUUCUUUAUUUCUUUAUUUUUUUUAUUUCAAACAACAGUCGAGUAUUCACAUAGCAGGUAGGGUUUCCCAAGCUCCGGGGUAACCCCAAUAACCUUGUAAAUACGUCGCUUUGUGAAGCAAAAAUAAAUGUCUGAAAUGUGGGGGUGCAAGAAUAACCCGCCUACUUGGAUAACUCUUUCCGGAUCUUAAACAGGCAUCAGUGGGAACUGAAAGUUGAAUAGAACAAUAACGAAAUUCAUUUCCCAUUAGUAAAAGCCAUUCCUUAAUAAUAAGUAAGGAUGUUAAUGAAAAGGAAAAUGGCCCGAAAAAAUCCCCAAGAUAAAACUGAUAUCAUGCAUGAAACAAGCGCUUUGGAAUUGGCAGAAUUUUAACAAGUUCAAACAAGAGAUAUAUUAUGGCUCUUAUUUCAAACAAACAUGGCCACUCAUCUUAUCCCAUCUGACUUCGCCAUUUGGCAAUUACCAUGAUUUAUUUUAAUUCGCCAGGCUAUUCGCUUUGUGAUUGUGGACUCUCUCAUUAAGUUGUAUUGAUAUUUUAUGGGAGGCCACUUGCCAAGACUGUCUACCGUUGACAUUUUUUGUCAUUUCAGGCACCAAAUGUGUCACUUAUUAGUACUUUGUAAACUAUCCAAUGGAUUCUUUUUCAUGAUUGUCUAAUUGAAAGUAUUGCUCAUGAAAACUUUAUGACGUGACAGAGGAUACAGUCUUUUUACGCCUUAUCUAAUUUAAGGUCAAAUAGUUUUAACUACUGUAACCUCCAUCGAACGUUUUUCCAAUAAAUUUUCGACCCUGGCUAAUUUUAAACUUUCUUUCUUUGAGGCGUGCUAAUUGUAUUCUUUUGCAUUAUGACGUCUCAGUUUAAAAAAAAAGUCAAUGACAAACUAACUAGCUGUCGAAUCAUAAACCGUGUUUGACCAAGAACAUCUCUUCGCCCAGCAACAGACUCUUUUAGUCUCCGAUCACAUUUACUAAAAUAAUUUUGAACUCUGAGGAGCGUGGAUGAUCAACACCAUCCAGGUUAGUUCUAAUGUUGAGCAAUAAACCUAUGCCAAGCGACCAAUUACAGUAAACUUUAUCAAGACCAUCCCUUUAAUUUCGCACUAAGAUAGUAGAAUUCAUAUAAUCAAUUUGCUUCGGCAAUAUCAUCACUAAAAGAGGGUUAUCCAAAACUUUUAUGAUAGGAACAUUGGGCUGUGAAUGAAAAGUUACUUAUUUCCCUACAUAUAGAAAGAAAGAGGUUGAGAUGCAUUUAUACUCUAAUUUAUAAAUUUUACUAAGUUUGAAAACGGUGGUGUUUUCAAUGUGUUUUUUUGUACAUUGUCUUCCGUGCCCGAGUAGAAGAUGGUGUCUUCAGUCGUCCAAAGCCUGCUGGCUACCGGCUUUCACAUCAGAACUCCCAAAAAUACCAAAACAAUAACGAUACAUCUCAGUUAUUGUUUGACCUGUCCUACGAGCUGGAAACAUUGUUCUUGCAUUUCAGCAUCCAACCUUAACUUUCGUUUUUGGGUCAACCAACGUCUUAAGCGGAAUAUAGGCUUCCUUUCGGAUUUGUAGUUAUCAUAGCAUCAUAGCCCCGUCGACCCACUGAUGAACAAAUCGUCAGGGUUCUGACAAUUCAUCAUAGUCACUAAUUCGCGGAAAGUAUGAGGUGAUUAGAACGAGGCCCGACCUCUUUUACCUUCCCUUGGCACCGAUUGCUAUUUUUUAAAGGCGCUGGAUACUCAGCUGCCGGUUUAAACAGCAGGGACUGCAAGACCAGGAUGUGCGACAUAUAACUUCAAUGGCAGAGCUUGUGUGUUGCAAGAGGGGAAUUUUAUCUCCCGGGCGGAGUAUGGGGGUAUAUAGCGGACACGAUUUUAAGGCCCAAUGUGCACGUUGUUUCAGCGUCACGGAAAAUCCCAAGAUGUUUAUUAUCAAUUCUGUAAUAAACAUUUCUCUUUUUGUCUAUCCUCUUCUUGCCAGAGGGGCUAAUUUGAAAAUCCAAGCUGUUUUAAAUAAAAGAUGGCAGACUUUCCUUCUUUUAAUAUUUCUUUUCUUGCAAAACAAAUGCGUUUUUUCGGACGCCAGAAAAACUGGAAAUAAAUACACCCGAUUUUCGUGCAAUCACAUACAAUUUCUUGUCUAUUUUAUUUGCGUUCGAGAAAAAGGGAGAGUAACUUACUACCAAGUUAUCGCUCAAAAACUUUAAGCUCCCAUACCAUGGUAUUAGAGAAGACUGCAAAGCGAGAGUCUUCACUGGGCAGCAAACAAAAAUUUCUUUAUUUUACAAUUCCUUCUAGUUUUACUCCAAUGUUGACCGAUAUGGAUCUGUCGAAUGAUAUGGCCUCGUUUAAAGCAGGGUUACCUGAUAAGAGUGGAACAAACUUGUUUUUGCAAAGAGAAAUCUGCCUUUUACCAUUACGGGGGGACCAUUUGAACGUUGAGGGGUGGGACAGGAAAGCUUGGGUGAUUUGAGAAAUAUAAUAUAUAUCCUGCAAAGAGACUUGGGGCGAAGAAAAUCUCGCAUAUUUCACUUCAAAUCGGCGUUUGGAGAAGCCUAUCAUACUAUGCACUGUUGAAACUUUGCACAUCAACAUUUUUGCAACAAAUCACUGUAAGGGUUGAUUUCUAGUGUCGCGUAAUUUACGUGCGUUCGUGCGUAAAAUUUAUGUUCGCAAUAAAACAGAGGCAAUGCAUGAACGGUUGCUUGUAAGCGUAAAAGUUGAACCUCGCUCAACUUCUUGAUCCUUUAAGCUCAGCACUUUUUAUCUUGCCCCUAUUUUAUUUAAGUGAUUAAAAUUUACUUGCGUUAACGUGCGUAGCCAAACACGCGUCAGUGGGAAUCAUCCUUUACAGUAACAAUCUGCUUGUUCACCCGCAGAUCUUUUGUACGUCAGCUAGAAAGCUACAGCUGUUAUUUUCUGUUAGCAAGCCGGGUCAGAGGUAAUAAAAAGUGGACAAAAAAGUAGCUAAAAUUAUGAGCAACGUAAUUAUGACGCAACUGAAGUGCAUCCCUGCAACACCUAAAUCCCGUAGCUUCAGUAAAUAUAAGAAAAUUCUGUCCAACAGUUAUAGGAUACUAUUAUUGGAAUGAUAUUCCUUUACCUAUACGUGAAAAGACAACUAAAAAAUUGUUUAAAAGAGCACUUUUCAACUAUUAUCUUGCUCAGUAUAAAUCAUCGCCACACCGACUCUCAAAUGUCAUAUUUUUUAUGUGUGUGUCUGUGUGUGUGUGCUUUUCUUUGUUCCUCUCUUUUAUAUAUUUUUCAUAGUUUAUAGUGUUUAUACUUUUUUCUUUUUUUCUUUUAACCUAAAUAAAACUGUAAUUUAAUCAAAGGGCAAGUAAUUAGUUUAACUAUAUCCUGCCCUCUCCAUUUAUUCUUGUAACUUAAUUCUACAAAUAGCAUCUUCAUCUUCAAAUCUUGUAAUACAAUGCAAUAUAAAUGGCUUGUAAAAUAAAUAAAUGGAGAAAAAAUAAACAAUAAAAGUGGUCGGGGCAUGACUAGGGCUUUCCACAAGUUGCUCGAGAUUUUAUGUUUUUAUCGCAGAAACAGCUAGCGACGCCAAAAAAAAAUUAGACUGCUUCAGAGGAAUUUAUUAGGCUUCUGCUUUCCGAGUCACGCCAUCGACAUUGUCACUCGUCUCACCAAGAAACAACAACAACAACAGCAUUGAUGACAAUAACCACAGCAUUGAAUAUUCUAAAUUGGUCAGUUUUUGUUGAAUCUUUUCUGAAUUGCGCUCAUUUUCUGUAUUAACAGUAAUUGCUAUCGGUUAGUGAGGUCAUUUGCAAAUUGGUCUUUACCCCGCGUCUAAUUGUACACCAGCAUUUUUCAAAUUUGGCGGGAGACGUUUGCACAUCACGUACGCUCAUGUGAAAUAUCCUGGGAUUUUCCGUGACGCUAAGGCAACAUGUUGAGCGAUCUGAAAAUCGUGUCCGCUGAAUGCCCUCAUAUUCCGCCCGGGAGUUAACUUUUCCCGUUGCAAGAAGGCGUUGUCCAGCGUUUACAUGGAGAGCUUUGCUGACAUGAACUAACCUCUCUGAGACCCAUUACCAUCACUUAACAACCGUCAUAUGCACUUUACUCUAUUAUUUUUACUAGCGUUUCCUUGUUUCGCUUUUCUUUUAUUUAUUUUUUGAGCUAGCCCUGUUUAUUUCUGUAUUGCUACCCACCUAGAAUAGCGCUACUCCGCUGUGGGAAUCGUCUGAGUGAUAAUUGUAAACGUUUUUCAUAUCAAAUAAAUAGAUGUUUGCUCUGUUGUUGUAUUUUUAUCAAAAGGAGGUUUUUUUAAGUCAGCAAAAAAUUUCAUUUUCAAAAAUGACUUUGUUUGUAUCUCAUUUUCCAGUUGCAGAUGCAAUGAAUACUUUGUGGAUUUUGGCUGUGAUCAUUUUGGGCUUGUCUUUACGUAAGUAUGUCUACCUCUUUACUGAGCUUGGAAAUCAGUAUACGUAGAAGCAUCUUUUCCUAGUUAUUAUACCGACAGGUGGCUUAUUCUCAUAGUAGUUAUGUAUAACUACCCAAACAUUUCAUUAAUCCCGGAAGAAAGAACCAAGGUAUUUUCAUUGGCAGUUCAGGAUUCAAGUGUCUGUGUAAAGAACCGCCGAGAAACUGUAAAACGUGGUUGUAUUAACGAUAGAUAGUGUCACUUACGUUUGAAUCGAAAGAAUGUAGUAUUAAGAACAAGAUGGUUGUUUGAACGUGUUGGUAGUUAGGCGAUGUUCCACUGUACUGCUCAAAAACAAUAAAAUAAUGCUAGAAAGAACAGCUUGAAAACGGUUUUAUAAGGACGAAAGAAUCCAUAUCCAUCUUAUUGAUUUCCUAUUUCAGGUUCUUCCAGCCAAAGUUUAAAUUUACCGAUCGUUACGAAACCUUGUAGGUUUUGAGCCCUAGUUGUCUCUUUAAGUUAUCUUGUAUGGGACUUUUAUAUUUCUAUCAUCUUUGCCACGGUAACUCUGACAAUUGGGUCUGGUUGUUUUCUUCCAGAUGUUGGUCAGGUACAAGGUAAGUAAAACCAUAUUCACAUGAUAAGACAUUUUCUCAUGCAUAUGUGAUUACUAAUGAGCUUACCACACAAAUAGUAUAAAAAAACCAAGGUACUAUGUCAUAUUUGUCCACGUGUCCAUCGUCGUAUCUUAGGUUAGCUGAUCUGGAGAAUUUCCCCCGCCUUGUUAUUUAACAUAUAAUUCUGAAACUGUUUUGCCUCAAAAGUUCAAAAUAUUUAUAAGCUCACUGUUCUAUCUUGGGCUCCAACAAUGUAAUCGUACAAACCAGUUGAUUUUUGAGAGACACAGGGAUGUUCAGACGUUCUUAGGACUUCGCCAAGCAUUUCUUACCUGUGAUGACGUGACGAACCCCUUAAGAACGUCUGCAUGAGAGGAUACUUGGCUUUGGUGUGUCUUCUUUUUGCACCAAAGAUCCGGUUCAUGAUGAACUUGCCUUUUUUGUGUUAAGUCAAUUGACAGCGUUCGGAAGGUACUCAAUAAAAUGAAGACUAUUAUAAACCGAAAAUAUGUUAUACACGAAGUACUCUACCGCUGGCCAUGUGAAAGACACCAAAGCUUCAAGCUCCCCCAAUGAGUGGCUUAGUUUCAAAUUUGUAGUACCACGCUUUCUCUUAGUCAAGUGUGUGCAUCGCUCAAUUUGCCCGUUUCAUAAUUAAUUUUGCGUUGUUAUCAUUUCGCUGACAUUAUCCGGGCAUCCUGUAUUUUCAGAGCCCACGCAGUCUUAUUGUUUACUUCCCAUGAUAUUGACAGUAAUAAAAAUAGCAUUGAUGGCCUGUUACAAGAAUCAGUAAAGAAAAGUGCUUUCCUUCGAGCGCCAGAUAACUGACGAGCGCUGGAAUCUGCAGUUUUAAAGAGAUAUUUAUGUAAAGUAUGAAACGAGUUACUGGCGACUGAACAAUGAAAGCUAAUGAACAAUUAUUAUCGUCGUUUAACACGUUUUUGUGGCGAAUACUUAUUCAUUUUUUUCUUUUCUUAAAAAAGCUCGCUCCCGUGUGACUGCUGGUGUUAGGUUGCCACAUUUUUAAAAAAUCGUUUUGUUUUUCAACGUACACACGUGUUCUUUCAAUUUAGGUAACUGUACUGAGAAGUUGGAUAUAGCUCUUCUGACUGACACUUCACUAAGCAUGAGGAAAAAGGAAAGAACGACCCUGUACGUAUUGGCUAGCAAGUUGAUAGACAAUUACCCUCUCUCCGAUGGAGGAAACCACUAUGGUUUUAUUACGUUCGAUCGUAAAGUCAAAAUCCACCACAAUUUUGGAACGCAGCUGUACUACAAUAAACAGGCUGCGUUUAAACUGCUGAUGAAGAAGAAAGUCCUUCUAGUUCCCGGUAGGAAUCAGUGGGGAACUCGUGCAGAUAUUGCUCUACACAAGGCAGCAACAGAGCUAUUCACUAGCGAUGGUGGAGACAGACCAGAGGCAAAAAAUGUUCUGCUUGUCUUAACUGAUGGAAAACAAUUUAUGUUAAAACAAGAUCAAACUAUUUUACCCUUCCAAAACUUUUCAGAGAGCACAAAAACACUGGAGGUAAGUCUUUUAAGUCAUAAACAAAACCUCUCCGAACACAUAAUUAUGUAAGGCGGCUAUUUCAGUUGGGCUAUUAUUUGGGAAUUUUCCUUACAAAGCUAACCCUACCAUAUCGGAACUUUAUAGACAAACAAACGGUCUAUAUAAGAUUUCUUGUCUACUGCAUAACUGCAAUGGUUUUUGGCGCCGGGGCCACUGUUGUUCAAGUUACACUGCACAAAAAAUUGGAUUUACACAAAUUACUCGGGGCAAAUACGGUGCAAAAAAUGCAAACUAGAGGGAAAUCAAAGGCAAAGAUGGUAAAUACUGCAGCAGUUUCAAACCAGUUUAAUUGCGGUUGUAAAUUCGAGGGCAAAUGCGGUAUUUACCAUCUUUGCCCUUUGCAUUUUUUUGCACUAAAGUUGCAUCAGUUGAGUAAAUUUGGUGUAAAUCAAUGUUUCGUGCAUUGUUAGUUGUUACGCUAUUUUGGUUGUACUCCAAAUGUUGUUUCUAAAGUGUUUCUUUGGGUCCUAUUUCCGUUUAACCCAUUCGCCCCUGAACCGCCCGUAACCGCCCGUGCGGAUCCAGGUCCUUUCUACCCUUUGUGACGUCAUCAGUUUUAACGGUCAAGGACAACUUUCUUCGCUAACUUGUGUAGAGUGAAGAGAUCUUUCAAACCAUACCAGAAUGAGCACAAUUCAGUCAAGGACACCGGAGAAAGAAGCAAAAAACCACGUGACAAGGACCUGAAAAUCUCCAUGAAAAUCUUGUUCCAUUACCCACCUACCUUUCCUUUCACCUAAUCCUAAGAUCCUAAAAGCUUUCCUAAAAACUCUUCCCACCAAAAUGAAGCCUACUAAAUGCCCAGCAAGAGAAAAAAAAUGAGGCAAGAAAAGCGAAAAAAGAAGGGAGGAGAGAAAGCGAAAAGUAAAAGUCAAGACUGCUGUGUCACUUUUAAACCCAAAAAUGUCGAAAUUUUGCUUUCUGCGCAUGCCCGAACUUCGCAAGCUGAUGUUUUGCAUCUGGAUCAGAAGGCCGCCAAGUGUACGACCUGUAAACCGGUUUGUGGUAAGUUUUAGCUCUUUAUAGCACGACAGUGACCAGAAAACCACUCGACUAGCUUCAAAACGCGUUUUUGGGCAAAAUUUCCAGGAGCGAAUGGGUUAAGAUUGUGCUUUUUCCAAAAAAAUUGAUCAGUAUAGAAUCCUAGAGAGAGAGCAAGAAUUGAAUACGAGAGCAAAACCAACCCAAGACCCAGAUGUUAACCCAGAUCAAAACCUCAGAUUCUUAAGGGGUGUUGUACGUCUCUCAUUAAAAUACUACUUAUUAACCGAGAGUGAGGUCAUUACAGGGAAAUCUCAGACCGAGGGCGAGGUUUGAGAUUUCACUGUAAUGACCAAACGAAGAGGUUAAUAAGUUAUUUAUUAAAUGGUCUUUUCAGUAUGAACCUUAGCCUGCGAUCAAUUGAAGCCAAUAACUGAUCAGCGGAUAACUUUAAAAGACGUUUCACAUCAAUUAGUUGUACACUUGAGCCCGCAGUACAGUCAUGUGACACUGGUCAGCGGAUGCCCUUUUUGACAGCUGUCAAGUGACCAUCACAUGUCUAUAAGGGUGUCCACUAUCAAGUUAAGCACAGACUGUAUAUGCCCUGAACACCUAGCUAGUAAUGCUCGAUCAUGACAAAGAAAAUAAUGUUCGCUUAGCGGCUUAUCAUAGCGUGCGUACUAGUGUAGCAAUAAAAUAAAAGCCUUUAAAAAACACUUCUUGUCAAGAUCUCUUUCAUCCCCUCCUCUCUGUCCAAAAACUUUAUUAUCAAGUUAGUCUUGAUUUUUGGUUUGCCUAUAGCUGCAAGUUCAAUCCUUGAGUUUUGUUCGUUUCGCAGGACGAAGAUGUUAGCAUCACUGUCGUUGGAAUACUGGGCAAAAAUUGGAAGGCUAAAGAAAACAAACUAAAGAUGAAAGAAAUGGCUGGUAACAAGGGACGAGUGCUUAUGUACCAGGAUUUUUCAGCCCUGACCAAACAUUUUGACGACGUGUUAGCUGCUUUGUGUCGUAGGUGGUUUUAACUGAUAUGCUACAUAGCGUCGCGAGCGCGCAAAAUUGGCCUAUCUCGCCCCCUUGGGAUUUCCCACUUUUUUCUCGUUAACACGUCAUUGAACAGACUAAGCCGGUUCGUUUGACCUCACUCUCGGUCAUCACGAGAUAAGGCUAUGUUCAGCUAUAGCUUUUCUUGGCGUCACGAAAAGGUAUCUCGUGUAGUAUGAAGAGCAACGGCCUGGGGGAGGCACACGUCGUUCACACACAUCGAACAUCGUGCCGCCGAGGUUAGCCGAGAGGGUUUUGCUGCACUAAAUUCCACUUCUCAGCUCCUGAAUAUUUACUUCCGUCUCAGGGGGUUCCUGUCUUCGCUCCUACUUAAUUACUUCCCUGAUGGCCGAUUAGAUGUUCACACUACCUUAAAACAUGUCACAAAGCCUCUGCCAGAUAUCACUCCUCACUUUCGAGGCCGGUACACCUCAAUUUUUUUGACCAGUGUGCCUUAUACAACCUCUUAUUGUAGCAGGGAUAUAUGCAUUUCAAAAUGAGCUGGGUUUAUAAUUGUCUCAGCAAUUUUCCAUGAAAUAUUGCAAUAUUGGGGCAUUGACUUCAAACACAGCAUCUAUUACAGUUGAACCUCACGACAAAGGCCACUAGAACAGAAGAGCAGGAAGACAGAAGGGAAGGGAAGAAAAUGACCGUUGUAGAGCGGUUUAUAGCCUGUUCCAGGCGUUCAGAUCGUGGGGACAGCGCAAAAAGAUACCUGAGCAGAAAAAACAACAACAACAACGAGGGGGUGGGCUAGAGGUGAGAGCGAGGGAUUUUUUUCUCGCUCUCUUUCUUCGCGCCGCACUCCACUAUCCGAACACCUGGAACAGGCUCAGAGGUUAAAAGAACGGUCAUUGAAUGGAUUGUCCGCCAAAAAAGUAGCCGUUGUGGAGAGGUGCCCGUUAGGUUUGACUGUAAGUUAAAUGGAAUACACAUUGCAAACCGUAAAUAUAUAGAAACAUCAUGGCUACAGUCAACUGACAGUGUUAAGAUUAUACGUUAGUUUAACGUCCAUACACUUAUGUUCAAUAAUUAUAAAAAUCUAAAAUGGGGAAAACCCAUGGCCAUGCUUUUCCGGUUUAAGUCCACUGAAUUAGAAAUAUACCCCCUUAAUAAGUGAAGAAUGAAAGAAUUAAAAAAUCUUUUUCAUCGCAUUACCACCCUGCCCAGAUGAGUCUUUUCCAUCGUUAUGAUAGGAAGUCUUCCUUUUGUUACUGAUUGAACGAGGGGCUUAUUUUUGUAAGUGCAAAUUUUAAACAAACGUUUUAUCUCUUUUACAGCUGUGAACGGCGGGUACACCAACUGGACGAUUUCUAAAUGCAGUGUGACGUGUGGAGGAGGUGUAAGGACUUUUACAAGAACCUGCACCAAUCCUCCACCAGCCAACGGUGGAAAAAACUGCAGUGAACUGGGACCUGCAAACAAAACAGCCUCAUGCAAUGAACAAGGAUGCCGUAAGUCUCUUGGCUUGUUUCAUGGUUAUGAUUUUAGUGACCAGGAAAGAGCUAAAUCGAGGAAUAUAAUAAGAACUAAACCUCUAUCAACAUUAUACACUUUAUGGCAAGACCCAAGGGAAACCGAGUUAGAUUGGUGUUUCCAGAGACGAAGUCGACGGAAAACAAAACUGGUUCCCCGUGGAGCCUGACAUUAAGUGUUUUGUUAUAUUCGUAGAUCAGACUUUCACUUCAACAGGGACAAAGAAUAAAGCGCGAAUCUAAAAAAAUGUUGCUACUUAAAAAAGCACAAAUAUUAAAUUAAUUCUCGAAUCCACUAAAUGAAUGAUUUACAAAAUACUUUCCUUGUAUUAUCUGAGGCUUUUCCUCCUGAAACUGCUGUAAUUCUCUUCUUGGGUAACUUCGAAAAUCGUUUCUGUUUUUUAAGAUAGAGACUAAAUUUGUGUUGCCAGGUAACCACGACAGCGAAAAUUGGCAAUGUUACCCACCUUCUGUCACGCCACUUCCCAUCAUUCUUUGUAUCACAAUCGAGAUUCAUUUGAAUUUAAGCAAGACCACGUGGCCAAGAAUCAAUCUAUGGUAGUCCCUGUUUAAUCGAGAAAUAACACAAUAAGUCACAUACAUCAUGUCAGUAAUUUUUGCAGAUCUUAGAAAUAUAUUUUCAUCUUCCUGGUCAUGACAUUCAUCUUAGCCACUUGAUCGCGCAUUUGUUUGCCACUCGAAACGGAGUGCUUUAUUGCUCCCAGGCUAAUAUUUUCCAGCUAUUCCUGUUGGGAUAGAAAAAGAGAAUACGCCUGAGGCUUUCCAUAUUUUUCGGAACUUUUGCCGGGAUGACCUGUACCACUUCAGAUUUCAAUCUUUUUGUCAGUGCGCUGAAGAGGUAAAGUCAGUAAACUGAAUUUAAAACCUGCUCACGGACCUCGAAACGAUAAAUCACAAUGCAACGGAUAUUCAUGGAGGCAAAUUUUCUGUUUAUGUCUUUUACAGCUGUGAACGGUAACUACACCGAAUGGACGCUUUAUAAUUGCAGUGUGACGUGUGGUGGAGGUGUAGGAACAUUUAAGAGAACCUGCACCAAUCCCCCGCCAACCAACGGUGGAAAGAACUGCAGUGAACUGGGACUGGGACCAGCAAACAAGACAGCUUCUUGCAAUGAACAAGAAUGCCGUAAGUUUUUUCUCGUUAGCUUCGGCUCCUUUUUAAUCCUUAAAUUGGAACAAAAAUGGUCACUGGUGAUUGAGAACAAAGUCUCACAAAUUUUUUGCAUAGUUUGGAAAAAAACUAGCAUAAUUUUUGUGCUUUGCAUAAAGGUACCACUGCAAGUACUAUUUUGAUCUCGGCAUAUUUUAAUUUUUUUCGAGGGAAAAUAAACCGGCAAGUCGUGACUUGCUCACUGUCACUUAGAUUGAAAUAUUUAAGUUCCGUGCACGGUUCAGUCCGGGAGACGGGGGAUGAGGUUGCUGCGUCAUUCGCCGUCUGGUAGCGGGCACAACCUGGAGUGCGUCGAUCUCAGUUACCACUUUCACAGGCAACAAAAUGGCGUCAAGUAAGUUGCAGUGGAGAGGAACAACAGCCGCCCGAUGGCGAAAAAAAACCCUUUAAAAUGUUAACGGUCUGUUAAGUAAAAAACCAGAAGGUAUCUGACAUUAGAAAAGAUUUCAUUGCAUGGUCGCCUUGUUAAAAUAUAAAGUGUGCAAAACGUUCCAAUGCACGCAUAAUUUUUAAAGAGAUUUAUUAUAAGUUUAGGAUGUUACAGGAGAGAAUAUUCUCUCUGGAUGUUAUUGGAUUAUUAUGACAUUUAAUUUUCAUUAUUAUGGCAGUACAAACGUCUGGAUGCCCAGAGUAAAAAAUAAAAGCUUUGGCUGGGCGGCAAACCGUAACCAGCCGCAGCAUCGACUAAAAUUUAUGGUAACAAUUACACACUAAUUUGCGCAAAAAAUAGACUGUUUACAGUCCUCUCUAUUUUUCCAUAAGAUCAUCGAGAUACUCGUGACGGUAAGACGCGGUAUAUCUAAACGAUCUCACGAAAAAAAAGGGGACUGUGAAGGAUGUCGGUAAACUGUUAGGAGUGGAUAUUACUGAAAAUGACAUUUCAGCAAGCCAUCGAAUGCCUCAAAGUCAAAAACACAAAGGCAAGCCUGGACCGCCAGCUAUCAUAGUUAAAUUUGCGAGGCGUGAUGUCAAAGAUAAUUUCUAGCGUGCUAGGAAGCAGCUCAAGGACUUAACAACGCGAAGACGCCUAGGAACUUAUAGGUGUUAUGUUGGUCCAGGCUCUUGGAUGCGCUGUGUCCUAUAUAGGCUGUUCAUACCAUGCUUGAAUCCAAUUGCAUGGAAGGUACGGGCGACUGAGGGACACAGGCUAUCAAAGCCUAUAUCAACUAAGAUCACUCACCUACUAUACAUCGAAGACAUAAAGCUGUUUGCUGCUUCUGAGGACAAGGUGAAACGAGUCAUGUACAAAUCUUUUUACAGUUCAAUAAAAUUAUUAUUAUUAUUAUUAUUAUUACAGCGGUUACCACUAACACGCGCCUUUGAAGGGUUCUUUUUUUCUGUCUGUUUAAACCUGAGUUUUCGUGGACGUCAAUCAACUCUUUCCAUGGUUUUCUACGCGCUCUGACAGAGAAGGUUCCCUCAUCGCUGAAUGAAGGACGAAUGAUUUCGAACGACGACGUCUUUUUGAGCUGUCUUAUUAAGAUGAAGGAUUACAUUGUUAAAACAACGAGGUCUCUGCGAGCUGAGUGAAAUAGCCGAAACAUUCUCCAUAGUUUACGUAACGGUUAUUCAGGUUGUUUAUUCUUGAUGUAUAAAAACACGGGAGCCGUGGACGACUGAAUUGCCAAGAAGCUAGUAUAAAUUCAAAGAAACAAAAGAUAUCACACCGAAAAGGGCAAAAAUUUCCUCUGAAUGGAGGCUGUUGUCGAAAAUGAAUUUUACUACUUAUCAUUCUUCAUGUUAUCGAAUAGAAACCAGAACUAGCAAGAACUCAGACGAGUUGCGAGCGAUUGAGAAAGCUUAUGUGGUUGUAACUUACAGUGUGUAAAUAUGUCGAUAAGUUGAGUUUCCUCCGAGAAACACUCAACAAAUUCUUUCUCCUCGUAAUCUUGAAAUGAAGCGGUGUCUGAUCCUGCAGUAAAAUAUUGCAAAAACGGCUGAAACGCCGACAAACUAGUAUUCUCCCGAGUGCUCAAGAAACGGAGACAGAAUCUUCUCUUGGCCAACGCGUGAAAAACCAUGGUAACGGUUGAUUGACGUCCACCAAAACGCAGGUUUGAACCGAAGAACAAACCCUUUGAGGGCGCGUGUCAGUGGUAGCCGCUGUAAUAUUAUUAUUAUUUUCGAUAUUAUUAUUUAAUUACGUUCUG